CUCCUCUCGCGCGCCGCCUCGGCCGCCUUCGCCCUCUGCGGCGGCGCCUGGCUCCUCCCCUCCUCCUCCCGCUCCUCCUCCUCCUCCUCCUCGCCAUCACUGUUGGCAUGCUCCCCGCGGUGCAUCGAGUGCGGGUAGUCAAAUCUCCCCCUCCAUGCCACGCAGCCCAGCGACAUGCCCAGCCCCAAUAUAGGAGGCGUCCCUCUCUCAGAUCCCUCCCUUUCUCUCUUUCCUUUGCCUCGCUUUCCGCCUCCGAUUCCCCACUCUCUUGGGGGCGAUGCGGUGGAAGCUCGGCACCACGGCAUACAAGCGCGUGCCAUCCCGGGACGCCGCCAUGGACCCCGACCUCGAGACGCCAGAUCCGGCAGUAGAGAAGACGCCCGACGGAGGAGGAGUAGGAGCAGCAGGCCCGUCGAGGCGCAGGUCGCUACCGCACGUGUGCGUCGCCAUGGUCACAUCCUUCCUCUUCGGCUACCACACAGGGUACUUGAUACCUCUUGGUCAGAAGAUGAUGGCGAGUUCCUCAUUCCAAUUUAGUUUAUAUUGUGUAGGUUUCUUCGUCAUGAUCUGGAUUGUCGCAGUCAUGUUCAAGUCCGAUGAUAUCUUGCGUAAGCUGACCGCUCUCAAGACUGCUCUCAAGGGCUUGUGCUUAUCUUGUGUAUCAACGUUAUUGUUCUGCUUCUAGCACUGGGUCUGUCCCUUCUAUCGAGGACGCCGGCUGGCAGACUGCUGCCGUCACUAAAUCCCUAACGCUAGGGCCCGUGUUAACUCCAUUUGAUUGUAAAAUUGCUUAGAUAACUCAAUUUGAUUGUCCUCAUAAUGUUCCCACAUGCUUAGAAGAGUUGGAAACACUAUAAAUGUUUUGAUACAGAUAUGUGCUCCAGAAUAGUGAUUCUGGCAUGCUUUAUUUUUCAUUGCGGUGAAUGGUAUUCUCUUUUCCCACACAGCAUGAUUUCCCCUUUUGGGGCCUCUCUGCUUCAAAUUA